GACGUGGCCUUAGAGGGAUCCUUGAACGAGACAAAAUAUUUAAAUAAAUGUUAAAUAUACCAUCCAAAUGUCCUUGUGGGGACAUAUUGUACUCACCAAGAUAUAAAAACCAUGCGCGCGCACACACACACACACACACACACACACACACACCUGUUGCUGUCCUAUUUCUGUUCACUCCUCUAUGUUCUGCCUUCUCCCUCAUUACAUACACUUUUUCUUACUCCACAAACUUGCGUGAAAAUGGGAUUAAUCACUGGCCUCUUUGCGUUUUUCUUUCACCUGCCACAGAUUUAUAAAUGGCUCUUAAAGCCAUAUUACUUGCUGUCAUUUCUUCUGUCUGUCGCUUUCCUUGCUGUGCGGAAAUGUCCGGGUGUUUGUGAGCACUUACCCUCUCAGAGAGAAGACGGAGACUCCUGCAACUUUGACUGGAGGGAGUUGGAGAUCCUCAUGUUCCUCAGUGCUAUUGUCAUGAUGAAGAACCGUAGAGCGAUAACUCUGGAGCAACAUAUAGGAAAUAUUUUCCUCUUCAGUAAGGUGGCAAACGUGGUGUUGUUCUUCAGAGUGGACCUGAGAUUUGGCCUUCUGUAUAUCACGAUGUGUGUCGUGUUCCUGAUCACAUGUAAACCUCCCAUCUACAUGGGUCCAGAAUACAUCACCUACUUCAAUGACAAAAACAUAGACGAGGAACUGGAGAGGGACAGUCGAGUAACGUGGCUUGUCGAGUUCUAUGCCAACUGGUCUCCGGAGUGUCAGUGUUUUGCACCUGUUUUUGCUGACCUCUCACUGAAGUAUAACUGUGCUGGACUCAAAUUUGGAAAAAUAGACAUAGGACAAUAUGCAGCUGCUGCUGAGAGGUAUAACAUAAGCCUCUCACCGCUCUCCAAGCAACUGCCCUCUCUGCUGCUGCUGCAGGGCAAUCACGAAUUUAUGCGUCGUCCCCAAGUGGACAAGAAGGGAAGAGCUGUGAGCUGGAGCUUCACAGAGGAAAAUAUCAUCCGUGAAUUCAACUUGAAUGAAAUACUCGAGAAAUGUAAAAAGCUCGGCAAGGGGCGGAGUGAGAAGAUAGAGGAGCUGAGGUCCCUCCCACGAGAGCAAGCUGAUGGAGAUCAACCACCGAUGGAGGAGUCAGAGAGCAAAAAAGAGAAAUAA